AACAACUUUGCGUAUUAAAAACCUAACUGAGAAGAAAGGGGAGAGAGUAAUAGUAUCUGUUAAUAAAAAAGAUAUUCAUGAUUUUUACAAAAUACUUCCUGGGAAAUCGAAAGAUUCGGGCACUUCCAAUUCGGAUACUUCUUCCAAUUCAGAUACUUCGGACAGCGAUUCAAGUAAUUCUUUCACAUCUAGUUCAGAAAUAGAAGUUACACAUGCGCAUAAGACUAGAGCAGUAAAGAAACGCCCUAUUCGAAAGCGUAAAGUAAAAGGUAAAAUUAAUUAUCGAGCUUUAUAG